AGUCACACUGAGACUCUUGAGUCACUAGUUUCAUAUCAACUUUGUAAAUAAAAAUAUAUUAUAAUAUAUUAACACGUGCUACAAUAAUACCACGUGGUUAAAUUAAUUUAAUUAAUACGUGUGAUAAUUAAUUUGUGAUAUAAAAUAUUUAAAAAUAAUUUAUUUAAUUUUUAUUUUAAUUAUUCAUCAAAGUGAAACUCAAAAUUUUUUUAAAUCUGGAGGACAGUAAGAUCGGCAUCCUGGAGCCCACAUGUCAAAAACGACGGAAAUGUGAGGCUGAUGGAAAAGAAUUAAAAACCGAAUUAUCGGUUCAACGCAAUAUGUUUCCCAGUGCUCAAAUAAAAAUGAGAUUGCUGUCACCAAGCAGUUCUCCAGCAACAUCACCAACAAUGUCAAAUUCAUCAUCACCAACGCCUCAAGCACCGGCGCCAGUAUACAAUCAAAAAAUGACCGGUAUACCUUGUGUUGCCGCUGCAUCACGUUACACAGCUCCAGUUCAUAUUGAUGUUGGUGGUACAAUUUACACAUCAUCACUGGAAACACUCACAAAAUAUCCAGAAUCAAGACUGGCUAAAUUAUUUAAUGGAAGUAUUCCAAUCAUGUUGGACUCAUUGAAACAACAUUAUUUUAUUGAUCGAGAUGGUGAAAUGUUUCGUCAUAUAUUAAAUUUUAUGAGAAAUUCAAGAUUACUUAUACCAGAUAAUUUUUCUGAUUUGGAUUUACUACUGGAAGAAGCAAGAUAUUUUGAUAUUGCACCAAUGUGCAGACAACUUGAACAAUUAAAAAAAGAACGUGUAAAAAAUGGUACAACAACAAUAUCACCACCGAGUCCACCAAGUCAAGGUAGCCACCGUCCACCAACAUGUCGUGAUAAUGAUAAAAAAUUAACAGACGCAUAUGAGUGUGUUGCUCUACAUGUUAGUCCAGAUCUUGGUGAACGUGUCAUGUUAUCAGGUGGUCGUACAUUACUAGAUGAAGUAUUUCCAGAAACAACACAAGCUGUUAUUGAUGCACGUUCUGGUGUAUCAUGGCAUCAACAAGAUACUCGUCAUGUUAUAAGAUUUCCAUUAAAUGGUUAUUGUAAAUUAAAUUCAGUACAAGCAAUAACACGAUUAUUAAAUGCUGGUUUUAAUGUUGUUGCAAGUAAUGGUGGUGGUGUUGAAGGACAACAAUUUUCUGAAUAUUUAUUUGUACGUCAAGGUAACAAUAAUACCUGACAACAAUCAAUAGUCAAAAUUAAUUAAGCAACUAUAAAUAAUCUAUUACUAAUUUACCUAAAAUUACCUAAAACAAAUUAAUUAAAAUAUAUAUGUAUAUCUAUUGUAAUUUAUAAAAAAACAAAUUAAUUAAUGUAAAUACGAGUUUGAUGAAAAAAAUAUAUAUAUUUUUUUCUUUUUAUUCAAUGUUUUUAAAUAUAUAUAUAUUAUUAUUAAUUAUCAAAUGUACUUUGGGAAAAGUUUUACGAGUUGUAAAUGAAAAAAAUAAAAAAUAAUUUUAAAUUAUUAUUUUAAUUAAUUUGAGU